AUGACCAGGAAGCUCACAGUUCAGUAUGUAAGUUUCCACCAUCAACUGAUGUCACUGAUGAUGGUGGUACAGAGGUCGCUGGUGGCUGUACCAACGUGGGAACUUCUGGAUGCUCACAAUGCCCAAAGAGAAACUUCCAUCAUGGAGAGUGUGGCUGGGGCAUGGUAUAUGAUAUGUGAAAUAGUACAGGAUUAUGAUUCAGAAGUGGGUGCAGACUGGGUUGCAAAUAUAAAGGGCAACGAACGACCUGAAAAAUAUUCUUGGAGUUAAGCUUAUAGUAUUGCAAGCUUAAGAAUGGACAGAAAGCAUGGAAAAUAUGUAGUGAAUAUUGAACAAUCUGGGAACCAGCCACCAAUCACCUGUUCCGAUGACCAAGAGGCUCACAGCUCUGCAUGCUGGCGUUCACCUUCAAACAUAACCGGUGAUGUCUCUUCCAACUUACGUGGGGUCUGCGUGAGUCCAGGAGUCCUUGUGCAGUCAGGAUACCCACAGACAGAAUUAUGCAAUACACAGGUGAAAGAAAAUUGGUGCAAUAACUGGUCUCUGUGGAAACUCUUUCUGGCUUGUCUCUUAGCCUGUGUGAUAACAACAGCAAUUGGAGUACUCAUAAUAUGCCUGGUGAAUAAUAGAGGAAAUGACAAUUCCUCCAUUGUUAUUCAGCUACCCUCAAACAAUGGGGAGCCUGUUGUUAUCAUUCCUGGAAGAACCUCUACUGCUUCUCAAUCUACAGUGACCACCACUUCAACAGAACCGACAACUACAACCACUUCAACAGAAUCAACAACCACUGCAACGUCCACUGAACCCACAACCACAACAGCCACAACCCUCACUUCAACUGAACCCACAACCACAGCAGCCACAACCGUCACUUCAACUGAACCCACAACCACAGCAGCCACAACAGUCACUUCAACCGAACCCACAACCACAGCAGCCACAACCAUCACUUCAACCGAACCCACAACCACAGCAGCCACAAUCGUCACUUCAACUGAACCCACAACCACAGCAGCCACAACAGUCGCUUCAACCAAACCCACAACCACAGCAGCCACAACAGUCACUUCAACUGAACCCACAGCCACAACAGCCACAACCAUCACUUCAACUGAACCCACAACCACAACAGCCACAACCAUCACUUCAACCUAAC